AUGACGUCGCAAUAUUUCGCUCCACCCGGUGGUGGCCCGGGUGGGGCACCGGGGACGGUUUCUGCAUAUUUUGCUGCGCCAGGUGCUAGGCCUACUGGUGGUGGCGGUGGAUACUGCGCACCGCAAAUGAACGGCCCCGGCGGUGGUGGCGGGACUACGUCUGUUUAUUUCGCUGCACCAGGAACAGCAGGUGGUGCCAGUGUGGGAACAGUAUCGGCAUAUUUUUCACCAACCGUGCCUGGAGCUAUGGGUGGUGGUGGUGGCGGUGCUGCUGCUGCUGCUCCACCAAGACCUGCGCCAGGUACGCUCACGCUUCUUCAAUAA